GGCUCCGGGCUCCUGUGCUGUCUGGGAUCUGCUCUCCGGGCUCAAGCCCACACCAGCACACACACACGCGGCAGCCUGAGCUCUUGUGCCUUGCGGUGGCGACUGGGCCGUCUGUCCCGGGACGCCUGUGUGGGGGGAGUUGCGCUCCCGGGAGAAAGUGCGCCGUGUUCCCGGACGCCCCUCUCACGCCCCCCUCUCUCCCCCGGCGAGCAGGUGACGGAGCUGAACGAGCCGCUGUCGAACGAGGACCGCAACCUGCUGUCGGUGGCCUACAAGAACGUGGUGGGCGCGCGGCGGUCCUCCUGGCGGGUGAUCAGCAGCAUCGAGCAGAAGACGGCGGCGGACGGCAGCGAGAAGAAGCUGGAGAUGGUGCGGGCGUACCGCGAGAAGAUCGAGAAGGAGCUGGAGGCCGUGUGCGGCGACGUGCUGGCGCUGCUGGACAAGUUCCUCAUCAAGAACUGCAGCGAGCCGCAGUUCGAGAGCAAGGUCUUCUACCUGAAGAUGAAGGGCGACUACUACCGCUACCUGGCCGAGGUGGCGGCGGGCGAGCGGCGCGCGGCGGUGGUGGAGUCCUCCGAGGGCGCCUACAAGGAGGCCUUCGAGAUCAGCAAGGAGCACAUGCAGCCCACCCACCCCAUCCGCCUGGGCCUGGCCCUCAACUUCUCCGUCUUCUACUACGAGAUCCUGAACGCGCCCGAGCAGGCCUGCCACCUGGCCAAGCAGGCCUUCGACGACGCCAUCGCCGAGCUGGACACGCUCAACGAGGACUCCUACAAGGACUCCACCCUCAUCAUGCAGCUGCUGCGGGACAACCUGACCCUGUGGACCAGCGACCAGCAGGACGACGAGGCCGGGGAGACCCACAACUGAGGGGGGGGGCCCCUCCGCCGGCCGCCAGUGCUGUCCGGCUGCUGCUGCUUGUCCGCCCCGCCCCCCCGCUGUCUCGCGUCUCCUCUCGUUUCCUGUCUCAUCCUGUGGUCUGUCUCUCCGUGGCCCCCCCGCCCCGGGGUGGCGCUGUGGCGUGCUCGUGCCCUCUGACCCCGCGCGCUGCUCUCUGCGCCCAGAUGAUCCCCGCUGCUCGUGCUGGGAGGGUGUUGGUGUCCAGAAGGGCCUGUGUGCAGCGCCGCGGGGUCUGACCCGGUCUGGUCCGGCCCGGGCCCUGUGUGCAGCGCCGCGGGGUCUGAUCCAGUCUGGUCUGACCCGGUCCGGUCCGGCCGGGCCCAGUGGGCGGCAUGGCGGGGUCUGACCCGGUCCGGUCCAGCCGGGCCCUGUGUGCAGCGCCGCGGGGUCUGGUCC